CGUAGUAGUAUUGCACAGAAGAAAAUUCGUCUGUCACAAAUGGCAGGAAACUGUAGCAACUGUUUGGUUAUGAUUCGUUUGUCCCCUCAUUGUUAUUGCCUUACUUGAUUAAUACGAGCUUCAACUUUGAAGAUAAUGGAUACGAAAAAUUGUGUGUGACUAUUGUUUUUUUUAAAUUGAGACUUUGUUGCUAAUGAAUAUUACAACAAUGGCGCAAGCUCUUAAUACUGCUAUGAAAGCUGUCGAUGCAAUACGAAAUUUUCAACAGAACACCAACAGCUUAACUGAUCAUGCUGCAAGGAAAGCAGAAAAAAUUGCCUGCUGCACCACCAUAGUGGAGAAUAUGUGUUUACCAUCUGUAAAAACAGCACCACACUUUUCCCAAGUUCUCGGUCUUUCUAUCAGUCGUUUACUUGAGCUGUGCGAUGAUUCUGAAUCGGAUGUUCGGAUGCUGGCUGAUGAAUGUCUCAACAGGAUUAUAAGAUCAAUGGCAGAUAGCAAUAUAAUAAAAGUGCAGUUUGCUCUGUACAACAUGAUAAAUAAAAAUGGUUCAGCAAGAUCAUUGCGUGCAGCGCUAUGGCGUUUUGCUGUUCUGAGUCACACAAUAAGACCGAUGAAAGGGAAAGCUUAUGUGUCAAAUUUAUUGCCAUGUAUAGUGGCAAUCACUCAAAGAAGCGAAGACUCUGUAAUCGACACAUUAGCUCAAUCUUUGCCUUUGAUUUUAAAGAGUCUAGGACCAUUUAUGACGGAUAAAGAUGUGAAGACACUUCUCAAAGCAUUCUAUCCAAACUUGUCUUCAUCUCAGGCGGUAUUUCGAAGAAACGCAGCUAGCAUGAUAUUAACAACUUGCUUGCAUUGUCGAAUACCUCGAAUUUUCUUGAAUUACGUGCUAAGAAAUCUCAUAGAUACUUUAGUGCCAGUCUCACAGACCGAAGAUAACACGUCCCUGGUAAUUGGAGUUCUUGGUUGUUUGAGAAUAAUCCUACCUCACAUAAAAGCUCCUCCGGAAGGGGAGGUUGAAUCGGAAACAUGUCAAAUUGAUUGUCUGAUACAAAUCUACGAUCUGUGUUUGCACUAUGCAAAGUGGCACUCGAAUCACAAUAUGGUGAAUGCAGCACUCGAAACACUCGCACAACUCCUUCAGUCGCCAGAGGAAGAGCUCGUGAAAAUUUUGACAUCGGAGAGAGGCAUACCCAGCAGCAAAAUAAUUGCUGUAGAAAAUUCGACGCGAAUAUCGUUGGGACAAAUGAGCUCUGCGACCACAACGAUUUCUGGCGAUCACACGGAAUCGAGGCUUACACUUUUCGAACCGGACACUCCGGAAAUUGAACCAAAAGUUGAAAAAUGGAUCACCGAUUCGACUAACAAUUUCAGUGGCCAUCACCAAUCGCAAUCUGAUUCACCUUCGAUGAGCUGUGGAGUUUUGGAAAUGUCAGACAAUCAUUCAGAAAAUCAAUAUUCGAUGAGUAAUCGCUCGAUUGACAGUGAUUUGACUGACGAUACAGUCGACCUGGAAACCUCAGUGGAUCGUGUUAUAAAACUGGACCAGUUGAAUUCGCGGGAAAGUGAAAAAAUUGAUGAGGAUCCGAUAUUACACGAAGAAUUGAAUUUUUCGGAUGAUUCGUCGUUGAUCACAGUCUCGAAUAUGCCACAAGAAAGAAUAGACAUUGGGUCUUACACCGAUUUAGAAGUACCGCUGAUUUACGCAUGUCGUUAUUUGACAUCGUCGUUCCUGCUCACAGGAAUUCGUGGACAAUUAGUUCCUGAUAAAUAUUUCCGCGUUAGCGUUAAGUCAUUGGCUCUCACUUGUAUAGGCAAUAUUUUACGCCUUUACCCAAGAGUUUUGUCUAUGACUCUUGCAAAAGAUCCAACACUCGAUGGCAAUCAACAGAUGAUUGCUGAUGUUUUGCUGUUCUCCGAACAUCCAGAUCCUCAGAUACGAGGAAACGUGACCAUCCUCAUUGGACUUUAUCUGACAGCUGUUUACGCACGUUGCAAAGGCAGUUAUAGCAAUAUCGAAAAAUCGUGUGACCAACGUCCGGGCGAGAAGGCAGUGCCACUGGAGAAUCUCAUAAAUUUGUUGAUAAAGGGUUUAGAGGAUGAUUCGACGACCGCUUGUCGUCAAACUCUAAUGGCCUUGAAUAUUUGUUUGACGGAUAUUCUUGAAUCGGAAGACAAUCAUCUGGGAGUUCGAGCAAUGAAAAAACUUUUGCGUCUAGUCGACAAUCCAUAUUUUCUCGUUAAAGUACAAUUAGCCAAAGUAUUGAGCGAAUUGCCCUAUAUCGCAGUUAAGCAUGUUACGGGAAACUUUGAUUUCCAAGAAAACGCAAUCAAAGCUUUACUCACGUUGCUCGCAGACUUGGAUCCGAGAAUUCGGGCUGCUGCGAGCGGAGCUAUCGUUAGGAUUAUUCCAUCGUUGUACUAUCAGCAUCCGAACGAAAACGAAGUGACGAGAAAAGCUUCGCAUUAUACGGAUCGUUAUUUCUCGACGAUAAUAUCCGAUCCACUCUCGUCGAGAACGUGUCAAAUGGAGUAUAAGUUAAUGGUAGAAACAUUGAACGAGCCAUUUUAUUCGUUUUACGUUGACACUGGAAAGCGAGACAAUCGUGAAAAGUUAGAAGAUUCUCUGUCCAUAGUAAUCAAUUUAUUAACGGAAAAAUUGCUCGUUUACACAUCGAAAUAUUUCGCAUACGGUUGUUGCGAAGCUCUGAGUCACUUGAGCCAGGUUUAUCCGACGACGCUUUAUCCCCGAGCGUGGGAUUGUUUCGUAGCAAAAUUGCCUGUAAAAAAAGAGGCGAAAAUAAGUGCAUCGAGUCGAACACCAGAAAUCAACCAAGUUACUCUGACAACUAACGUCUUAACGCCCAUUGGCAACGGACUUUUGUCUCUGGUGACUUCGAUGUUGUCCUCAUCGCCGGUGAGCCUGGAUCUAUCGAUACAUCGACACUUGAUCAUAUUGGUGGGAAACGUAAUAUCAGGAAUCGCUCUGCACGCUCUGAAGCCCAACAGUGAAACGAAUAACGAGAAAAAUGGCAAUUCCAAUGACGUCGCGAGUCUGUGGCAUCUCUUCGAGGACACUGCGACGAAUCGGAAUCUGGAACUUUUGUUUACUCAUGUUGCGAGACUUGUAAAUAUUUACGUGCACGUUAUCGAUGGAAUUCAGCUCGUUCCACCGAGCGCCAAAUCUGCAUUGCCGUCUCUUCCUUCGGCUCAGUCGCUUUCACCGAGAAAAAAAGUUUCCUCGCACGAAAAGCUUAAGGAAAGAGAACGGGGACUCGGUGUCCUCAAAACUGGCAAAGAAUUGACUGGCAAUUUUUUUCCUAUGCCACAUUACAUGAAGCUUUACGAAACACUCAAAUCGGCCCACGCCAAUUACACCAGCACUCUUGACUCUGAAGCAAGCAAAAUGUAUCUCGCUCUUCUCAACGCUUGUCUCGAAGUCAUGUCCCAAAUUUUGGAAAUCGCUGGGACCCCCGAAGCAAGCAAACACGCCGAUGAAAUUCUCCACUAUCUUCAAACGACUCUCACUCUUGCCCCGACUACCACGGUACAGUGCGUUCGACAACUGUUGAAGAGCCUUUUCGGCACAAAUCUCAAUGCGCGGUGGGCAGAAUUUGAGGCCGGAAGAAAUCCUCAAAAAAAUGGUGACCUCCGGAGAGACGACGCUCGCCGUGGCUUGUACGCACAAUGCUUCCAAAAACCAGCCAGGCACAUGGCAGAGACCAUCAAAGCUAUGGGAAAUAAUUGCAGGGGUGGAAACGAACCAGACGCGGGUUGGAUCGGCUCGAUGCGGAGACGAGAAGAUCGUAAAUUAUCAUCGGUGUUCAAGAGUUUCGCACGUGUAACGAACCAAAAAACAUCGGUGACAUCUUUCAUAAAGAUUUUCGAGCCGAUGGUGAUAAAAUCUCUGAAGCAAUACACGACGACCGGUGCUGUAGAAUUCCAGACUCAAGUACUGUCGCUCUUGACUCAACUGGUGCAGUUGCACGUGAAUUAUUGUCUUUUGGACACGGACAAAAUAUUCAUAGGUUUCGUGCUCGAUCAAUUCGCCUUCAUCGACGAAGCACAGAUUCAAAAUACGGACCAAUUAUUGCCGAAAAUUUUUUCUUUUCUAGUGCACCUUUCGUACAAAAAAUUUCACUCGAAAAAUAUAAUCGAUGUGCCAAAAAUAAUCCAACUCUGCGACGGUUUGAUGGCGAGCGGACAGCCGCCGACGAGUCACUGCAUCCCAGCCUUGAUACCCACAGUCGAGGACAUUUUUUUGGUACGAUCUUCAGCGACUACGAAAAAUCCCACGGAUCAGAGGGAGCUCGAAACCACGCGAGAAGUCUUGAUGACAACGAUGCUUCGAUUAAUCGAGUAUCCACGAGUGUUGGACCUUUUGGCAAGGUGCAUUGCAGAAUCGCGGUACGAAGACGACGGCAAUGGCGAAGAGAAGUGGCGACGAUGGUCCCGUCUAUCGACAGACACGAUCUUACCGCUUUUGGCUUCAGGGAAAAUUCGCGUUGAGAGGAAACACGCGGAUUCAGCGUUGAUGAAACUUUUCGCUGCCGUUUCCCCCACGGUCUUCAGACCCGUGGAUCCACUUUUGAAAGUCCUCUUCACGGUGCCCCCGAGCAUCGAAGAACCUCUCGUUCGUCUGAAACGUUGGUUGGGUAUGGUGAACCUUGUUCUACUCACUUUGAUCGCUUACGCCAAAGAAGAAACCAUGCUCGCGAGGUUGUCCGACCUGAGCGUUUACAUGACCGAUUUGGUGCACACUUUGGGACUUUUCGACACGAUUUACUCCUCGGCAGAUCCUCUCAACGCUACCAACGUUCAAUCAUCCCCGAUCUCCCCGGAAAACAUAUUCGCUUAUUUUAUUUUCCGCGUGAUCGAUCUCGUCGGUGGGAGAAUUCGUUGUCUCCUGGAAUCCGUUGAUUAUCGUGAAAAAAUAUUGACCACCGAUCACUUUACGUUCAAGACCGUAAUCGAUUCAAUGCAAUCUUCUCAGCCCUCAGGUUCCACCGACGAGGACACCUGCCUCAUUCACCAAUUCGCUUUUUUCCUCCAACUGUGCGUUCACAUGUUCGAAUCCGGGAGUCACUGCAAAAUCGCGAACGCAUCGAUGCAAAUAAUCCGUAAAAAUGAGACGCAAAACGUGCCAAUUUCUCGAUUGAACGCGAUGAUGAUCGACGUCGCGGACACUUGUCCGCUUUUGACUUGCCACUGGGCUUAUUUGAUGACGCUUUUGGAUUACAGCGAAGUGAGCUUCUGGUCUAAAAUAUUGGGGAUCGAAGAGACUGGAUGGAGCUCGGCUUUUGCUGAGAAUCUGGAAAACCGUAGCAGAAUUAUCGCUGAGGGGAGCAAAUUGAAAGCCCUCGGAGAAGCGAACUUCAAUCUUGGGAAGAAUCACGAAAAUUCUGAGAGUCAGAAGAGCAGCAUAAACAGAAGAAUCGUACGCGAAGCAGGUACGAUAUUAUUUUGCGAUCACGUUUGCGAAAAUUUGAAUGAUGUCGAACCACUGACGUGGCUUUUGGUCAAUCACAUCGAAGAAACAAUUAAUUUGUCGAACGAACCUCCCGUUCGAGAUUUGGUGACGGCAGCAGUUCACAGAAACCCAGCAGCGAGUGGUCUCUUGGUGCAAGCGAUAGCAGCACGGUGCCUCGACCUGACGAAGCCCUCCUUCGUCAAAAGAUUGUUGCAGUGUAUGGAAGGUGCUCACAAUUGUCAAAGCGGCGCUGUCAUAAUCGCGCUCAUUCCACGCUUCCUGGAAACCAAGCAUCUCGCGCUUUCUCGUAUGGCUGCGAAGAUCGCAAGCAGACGAGCGGAGAUACUUUUGGCCUCGAGUCCAGCGGACGCGCUCGAGCAACUGCCACGCGACGAUUUGCUCCAAGUCAUGGAAACGCUGCACACCACCAAGUUAGCGCGGAAGCACGGGACACUCGUCAGUCUGAUGAACAAACUGGCGGUCGCUUAUUACGAUUUGUCCCCGUUGGAGCUCGAACAUUGCCGUCCCUUCAAUCCGUCCACAGUGAAAAAUAUCCAACUGGAUCGUCAGUGGUUCUACUCCCAAGUCAAACUACGCUGUUGCAAUCCUUGCGCGAGUCUGGACCUCCCGGAAUCUGCACAAUUGCUGAGCAACCUCGAGCUCGAGGAGUGCGACUCGAUCCUCGGUGCCAAAGAAUUCGAUCUGAAAAUUCUCACAGAAUGCGUGAGACUCGGGGUUAGAAUGACCAGGGAAAAAUUUCGUGAAAAUGAAAUCGCGGCGAACGGUCGAUCGACGGAGCCUUGUCCUCUUUAUCGAUCAGCCAGACGUUGCAUUUUGGAAAAGGUUCGUAGCAUGAACGAAUUAGUGCCAAAACCACAUCAGAUUUACGACCCCAGCAGCUCUGAGAACAACGGCAAAAUCGUCAAGUACACUUCGAGACUUUCGAACCUCAUCGACGACACGAUUUAUCGGGAAACUCUUUUCACUCUCAUUCCUUCAGUGACGAAUUACGUAACGAGUUUACACGAAAUGCAGAAAUUCUCACUAGAUUCUUCGGUGGAAAAGUAUGAAGAGGAUUUGGCCAAAUUCGCUCUCCUCACUCUGGAAACUGCGCACUGGAUGCUGGAGCUUCACGAAAAAAGUGCUAGAAUGCUGAAGCCUCACGAGCUCGAACUGAGUCUGAAUUGUGCCGAGGAGUUAUUGAAGAACGAGGGAAUAACGAGAAUAUUCGGAAGCGAGACACGAUACUCGUGGAUUUGCUCGGCAUCCAAGACUCUCACGAAGCUCGUGAAUCACUGGUCAAUAAAAAGUGGGACCCCUCUGGUUGCCCCGGACGAUCAGGGCUUGAGCGAAGCUCUGGGUUCCGAGGACACGAAAUAUUACGCUCGUGCCUGUCUCGAAAUGAGUGGACUAGUUUGCUGGUUGGAAAAUCGUCGGGAAGAUUCGCAAAGUAUGCCGGAUUUCAUGUUGAGAACUCUGAAAAGUUUGAUCAUAAGCAUCAGCAGACAACCGCUCGUGAAUACUUUCGUUCUGACGCCGCCCCUCGCUUGGAAACAGGGUUGGACGGUGACGCCAUCCGGGACGACAAAGUGCAAUUUGCCACUCUUGUCGAUCGAGUCAAAUCUUCUUCAGGAAGUUGAUAUCCUUCAGCAAUUCAUUUUCAGGGUGACUCUUCUGGGCUGGACCUCGAGGCUUCAGUUCGAAGAAAUGUGGAUGGCGCUCUUGAGUGUUUUGAGCUUUUCUCCCAACGAGCUCGACCGCUCGGAGGAUGCUUUGCAGAGUUUAGCCACGAGUCUCGCCGUUCAGGCGAUAACUCGUCUCUUGAUGCAGACACUUUUGCUCCCCUGCCCGGGCAAUCCGGGCAACAGUUUACCCAUCCAUCAUCCACGGGACCCUCAACUGGCGCUGCUGAAAAAAAGCUCCCAGAGGCUGCUCGUCGUUCAGGACAUCCUGACGACCAAGUACGAGUUCGUCAGCAACGCUGGAAAAACGAGACAAGACUCCGCGAGGUUGGAGCACUUGUUCGAUCGUGGAAACAUCGAGAGAAAUCCAAAUACUCGUGAAUUCACGUACAGCCAAUUGUCCAUUCCUUACCUGUGGUCCGUGUGCGCUCUGCACGAGGAUAAAUUAAGUUCUUCCGUUAUUUCAUUGAAAGAACGACGACAACGAACUCUCGAAAUUUCGAGAUUGGACGUCGCCUCCUGUCUGCGGUUUCUCAUCGAACUCUACACGCGUUGGAUGAUGCCAGGAGCCAAUACUCCUCCGAGGCUACUCAACGAAGUCAUCAAGUCCCUUUUGUCCAUGUCUGAAAUUUUCGUCGAGAGAGCGCAGUUCCAAUGGAUGCUCGAUACUUGCUUGGAAAUUUCCAGGACUCAUAUCGUCGAGAAUGAAAUUUUACAUCACUAUCUCGUCGUCGCUAUUUGUAAAUCAGCUGCUGUACUCGCUCCCCUGGAUAUAGAAACUUUGGAAAAAGUCAAACGUUCGAUAGAUCUGAGCCUCAAAUCGAGCUUCUUACCCGCUCGUAUAACGGCGCUCCAUGGCAUGUUGUAUCUUUUGCAAAGUGCCAUUUUGGCUAAUUGCGAGGAAACGAUGAACGUCGUUCAUCCCUUGGCGAUUAAGUACAUUCAAAAGCAUAUCGAGGUGCAAGAGGAGAAUGGAGUCCUCGGUCAGAGCGAAGAACAUCAGAGGAUCAUGUGGGCUCUGGUAUUUUUCCUCUUGGAACACGCCGAGGAUACUCCACCAGAAGCCGAAGCUCCUGCUGUUUUGGAAUUGGUUCUCACUCUAGUCACGUUGCCAAAUAUUUCGACAGAUCUUCAUAGAACGUUUCUGCAGGGACUAGAGCGACUAAUUGCGACUCGUAGCGUGGUUGGCCGAGUAGCGGAGCAAAUAGUCAAAGUGACGAUCGAACGUUUGCGACAAGCGAGUCCUCUGCUCGCAUUGCCAGCGCUCCAAUUACUGUUGACGUGCAUGUACACCGAGUCGGCUGACAGAUUCAAUCGUCCUGAAACUGAGGAACCGCUGCCCGACAUCGAGCCCGAAGCUCUGGUGCGCACCAUCGAAAGAACGGCCUCGAUAUUCGAUCGUAUAAAGCGCGGUUAUCCAACUGAGGUUCAAGUACUCUGCGCUGUUCUUUCCGAAGUUCUCGGCGAUUUUUUCCCACCCUCCGAUAUUCUUACUAAGGUAAUCGGCGAAUUUUUGUCGCCUCAGCAACCCCAUCAGAGACUUUUGUCAGCUGUUGUCUUCAAGGUUUGCGAACGAGUAGCCUGCAACGGUACUCAACUAGAACUACUACAGGAUUGGAUUGUUUUUAGUCUUCCUAAUUUCAUCCAAAGUUUACCCUUGGCAAUGUCGACUUGGUGUCUUUCGUGCUUCUUUAUCAGCGCUUCGACUAAUCCUUGGUUGAGAGCCCUAUUUCCACUAGUUCAGUCGAGAAUGGGAAAGUACGAGUACGAGGACAAGAAAAUUUUGUGCAUAGCAGCGUCGGAUUUCUAUCAAAGAUUAUCUAGCGAGGAUCAGAAGAAAGCUUUCGUGGAGGGUUUCGAGGCUGCAUCAAAGGAACUGGGAACCCCAUUCAGUGAUAUACUCGCGUCUUUUUAGACGAAAAUCCUCCGUCAUUCCUUUAUACGCACUUCGUGAGAUUUAUGAAAAUAUAACGACGAACGAGAUUUACGCAGCACGACGUAAAUAGCAAAGAAAAAUCAGAGUAAACCGUUAGACCAAGUUCCACUGCAUCGUUCGUCCACUGACUCGAUUAAUCGCGUGUAUAAUUGUAUGUAUGUAUGUAAUAUUUUAUUGAUUCGUUUAUCAGUGUUGAUAUUCGGUCGAGUCCAGACGACGAAACGGUGUGAACAUCUCAACAGUAAAUAAAAAAACGUAUUUUCCAGUUA